CCGUUUUCUGUUUACGUUUGUCCUGCAACAUGGAGGACGAAGUGGAUAUUGACAUCGAGGGAGACGAUUUUGAUAGCAAUCUGGGAGAGGUGGACGCAGCAGGGCUAGUCCAGGAGCAGUUUAUCAAGCCUGCGGGCAGAAACAGCGCCUGGAUCCUGCCUUGGGAGCUGGACAGCUCCAUCAGCCCGGAAAACAGAGAGGUGAUAGAGAGGAUGCUGCUGGAGGAACAGUAUUACUUGACGGGUGAGAGGAUUCCUGACAUUUUACCCAGUGAUCCCAGUAAAAAGCCCAAAGUAAAGAAAUCUCCAACUAAAAGCUCAACGUCGGCCGCUGCUUCCUCUCGCUGGUCCAAACAGGAGAAAGAGCUGUUUGAGGAGGGACUGGCUCAGUAUGGUCGAAGGUGGACAAAAAUCGCCAAGCUGGUGGACAGUCGAAGUGUUCUACAGGUCAAGAGUUAUGCCAGGCAGUACUUUAAACACAAGGCUAAAUCUGACCCUGGAGCUGCAGCUCCCUCUACAGGUCCAGAGCAGGAUCUGCAGCCUCCUCUGCAGACUAUGAUCAAUACUGUCCGCAUAGAGAGGCUUUCUGAUGACGAAGAUGUAGACAUCACUGACGACCUGAGUGAGGAUGAAGGGGGGGACAUCAUAACUGAAUUCAGUGGGCCAACGGGGCAACCAGAGGCUGAGACAGAGACUGAGACCCCAACAGAACGGCCCACAGAAGAGCAAAAAGAUCUGACUCUGUUAGAGAGCAUCAAUGAAACGACAGAACAACCCUGCCAGAAAUCUCCUUCUGGGCAGAGUCCUCUAUCCGCUUUUAUCUUUUUUUCCCCAGAGGAAGUUGGAAAAACUACAUCAGAUGAGAAUGUUUUAAAGACAGAACAUCCUGAGAUAGAAGCUCAGACAGACUCAAAGGUGACGACUAAUUGCAACAAUUACCAGAGCUCCCAGUGUGACACCUCAGCACAUACUGGUCAGCUCACAGAAGCAUGUCUUGACUUCACAGAUUCUGCUGAAAACAUUGGCAUCCAUGGACCAGACAAAGACCAGGAGGAGCAGGAGGAUGAAGACGAGGAAGUGGAGGAGCUCAAGGCCCCUGAGCAGGAAAUUGAGAUGGACACAGUGACGAUCACAGAGGAUGAGAAACAAGCCAUCCCUGAGUUCUUUGAGGGUCGACCAUCAAAAACCCCCGAAAGAUAUCUGAAGAUUAGAAACUAUAUCCUGGAUCAAUGGCUGAAGAGCAAGCCCAAAUACCUGAACAAGACGUCGGUCCGUCCUGGUCUGAAGAACUGUGGAGAUGUGAACUGCAUUGGGAGGAUACACACAUACCUGGAGCUCAUUGGAGCCAUCAACUUCAACUGUGAGCAAGCGGUGUAUAACCGUCCAAAGGUUGUGGACCGGACCAAGCCGAAGGAGGGCAAAGAUGUGCUUGAGGCUUAUCAGCUAGCUCAGAGAUUGCAGAGCAUGCGGACCAGGAAGAGGCGUGUGCGAGACUUUUGGGGAAACUGGUGUGAUGCUAAGGAUUUGGAAGGACAGACUUAUGAGCAUCUUAGUGCGGAGGAGCUGGCUCAGCGGAGAGAGGAGAUGAGGAAGCAGCCUAAACCCUGCAAGAUAUCCAGAUACAGAGGGUCUUUUGAUCCAUUCCAGCUGAUUCCUUGCAGAUCUUUUGAGAAGGAUGUACAGGAGCCAUUCCAGGUCAUUGUAUGUGCCGAAACUCUUCUCAUCAUGGACAUGCAUGCCCACGUCUCGAGAGGGGAAGUCAUUGGUCUGUUGGGUGGAAUGUUCGACCAGGAGGAGAAAGUACUCAAGAUCUGUGCAGCAGAACCAUGCAACAGUGUGAGCACAGGCUUGCAGUGCGAGAUGGAUCCGGUGUCACAGACUCAAGCCUGUGAUGUGCUGUCGUCACUGGGCUUUAGCGUUGUGGGCUGGUACCACUCACACCCCUCCUUUCACCCAAACCCGUCAGUGCGGGAUAUCGACACACAGGACCAGUUCCAGAGUUAUUUUUCCCGUGGUGGAGCCCCCUUCUUAGGGAUGAUAGUGAGCCCAUAUGACCCCGCUAACCCUUCACCACACUCUCAAAUCACCUGCUUGCUGGUGAAAGAAGGCCAGGAGCCCUCAAGCCACAACAAGCUGCCUUACAGGUUCAACUUUCUGUCAUCACAAGAUUCUCCUGAUUGGGAACAGACCAUGAGGAGGGCUCAGUGGAUCAUCCAGAAGUAUGCUCAGACACACGGGAGUGUACAGAUGGACCGAUUGUUUCGGAGAGACUCUAAUCUCACCUGUUUGGAAAAGAUGAUGGCGUCUUUGGCAAGACAUUUGGAACCCCUGCCAGAUGGAGAGGGAGAGGAGUUCCUCUCUGAGAUCCAGUCCCUGUUCUUGUCAGACUUUAUCUCUAAGCAGAAACCCUCAUAUCAGGAAGAAGGAGAACCUUUAAACAUCUCAAAGCCUGUGCAAUCAGACGACAUCGCUUUUGAACAGCCGGUCAGUCAAGAGAAGUUCCACAGAGGAGGAGAGGGUGCUGAAACAAACAGCCGCUCAAUUUUGCAUUUAGGCGCCGUGUUAACUGAGCACGACUACUUACUGUGAAAAAAAAUAACUUUUUUGACCAUAUUAUUUAGCAGGGUAUAACAUUUGAAGUACAUAAACUGAACAAAACGCAGCAUUUUUGUUGUUGCACCUGUUUUUCAUGAGCUAAACCCAAAGAUUUGAGACUUUAUGUGUACACAAAAUUGACAAAUGGAUAAUCUCAACAAAGAAGUGCUCACUAACAGAUUUAGACAGAUUUGUGAAAAAUAUUUCAAAGAAUUAUGCCUUUUGUGUACAAACAAACAAAAAAAAGUCUUAGACCCCUGGGUUCCACUCAUUAAAAAUGGGAGCUAUAACAAAAGUGUUGCGUUUAUAUUUUUGUUCAGUGUAUGUUAUUGUUUACUUACAGUUUUAUAUUAUAAAAAAUCUGGUAGGAUUGUAGUUUUAAUCAUUCAGUUAAAAGAGAUCUCUUGUAUAUAAUGUCUUUGUUUACUGUAGUGAAGGAAUUGGUUGUGGAGUUAAAUAAAGAUUGAUACGAUUGUUAGGGGUAGACUCAGAUUUAAGUUGUUUAUAAGUAUCAAUACCAUGCUUUGAUAUCACCCAAGAGUCCUUACAGUAAUGAGAAAUCAAGUUCAUGUUUGAGACUGUGUGUGAGAGAGAUCCUUCGAUCAGUUCAGUAUUACUAAAAUAAAACUAUUUUUGUA